AUGGCCUAUACUUUCUUUUCUCUCAUGCUCUUGCUUUCAACCCUUUUCUCUUCUACCCUUGCACUAGAAAUCCAUCCACAGCUAUGUCUAAAAUGCAAGCCACAUCCCAAACCACACUCCCCACCCAAGGGACCCACAUCCCCACCCAGUCAACCGCCAGCUCCUGCUUCACCACCCAAACAACCGCCAGCUCCUGCUUCACCACCCAAACAACCGCCGGCUCCCGCUUCGCCACCCAAUCAACCGACGGCUCCUGCUUCGCCACCCAACCAACCAACGGCCGAUGAAUCGUUAGUUCCCACUUCGCAACUGACCGGACCAAGCUCAGCGGACCCACCAUCAUGGGCUCCAGAUUCAAUGGGACCCACUUCGUCACCGACUCCAUCUUCUCCACCCAUUCCUCCACCAACUCCGUCUAAAAUUCCACCUAAGGCUAAGCCACCGAAAGGCCAUCACUUGAAGUUUCCGUGCCCUCCACCGCCGCCCAGAAAGAUGAAAGGGUAGAUCUGAGCCGUUGAGAUGAACUGUAGCGUAGUUAUCUUAAGUCCUUGAGUAGUACAAGUAUCUGUUUCUAUGUAGGAUGUGCACAUGCACGGUAGCGUCUUUGACGUAUCUAUGCAUGUAUAUGCACAUGUAGUUAUGAUAUUAUGUAGGUACGUGUAUGCAUAAGCGAACCUACGCUGUACGUAGUGUGGGUCCCUCAAAGCCGGCCUACUUACAUCUUAGUGAUAUGGACGGCUUCUAUCUCCUUUUUCA